AUGGAUAGACCUCAGAGGGUCAAAGACUUGUCUGGAAAGGUUAAGGAUGACCUUUCAUUCAACAUGGAAGUAAAAGGAAUUGAUUUUGAGAGGGAGUGGGACUUCACGGAAAUGAUAAAGUCAUUUGAAACUACCGGAUUCCAGGGAUCGAAUUUAUACAAGGCGAUUCAGGAGGUUGAGAGGAUGAAGGACUCAAAAAUAUUUUUUGGAUGCACCAGCAAUAUUAUCAGCUCUGGCCUUAGGGAUAUAAUCGCUACGUUAGUGAAGAGGAAACAUAUCCAUGUUCUUGUGAUCACGGGUGGAGGAAUAGAGGAGGACAUCAUCAAGACAUUCAAGCCAACGUUCUGCGGGGACUUCAAUCUCUGUGGAAAGGAUCUAAGAGAGAACGGACUAAAUAGAAUAGGAAACCUCGUCAUCCCAAGUGAAAACUAUGAAGAUCUUGAGAAAUGGCUGAACCAAGUUAUAAACGACAUAACCGAAGGAUAUACCGAAGAACGGCCAAGAAUAUUGACCCCGUCUUCAUUUAUAAGGAUCCUAGGGGAAAGGAUAAAUGACGAGUCCUCAAUACUUUAUUGGGCUGCAAAGAACGAUAUACCCAUAUACUCUCCAGCAGUUGUGGAUGGAUCGAUGGGAGACAUAUUGUCAUUCCAUCCAAGAAGGAAAAUGGUGAAGCUAGAUGUUAUUGAGGAUGUCUACAAUAUUAACUGUGAAACUAUCUUUUGUGGGGAUACCGGAGCAAUUAUACUUGGGUGUGGAAUUGUGAAGCAUCACAUCCUCAAUGCCAAUCUAUUCAAGAACGGGCUUGAGUACUGUGUUCUGAUUAAUAAUGCUCAGGAGUUCGAUGGAAGUGAUGCAGGGGCCAAUUUAGAUGAAGCGGUCAGCUGGGGAAAAGUCAAGCCAGGAGCAAAUGGAGUCAAAAUAUUUGGUGAUGCAACAAUAUUAUUUCCGUUGAUUGUUGGAGCCACGUUCAUGAAGGAAAACAAGAAGUCUUGUUCUUAA